AUGAUUAAUUGGUUGUUGGGUUUGACAGUUUGUUCAGGAAAAGAGAUCUGCCUCUAUGUCUCCGAUGUCGAUGCUCUUGAGCAGUGGGAGAGAGACUUGAUCUGGGAUCAACACGGCGGAGCGGAGCUGCUCGACCUAUCGUUGGUCGCGGAUCCCCAGUCGCCACUCACCAAAGAAGAGAAGAGGAACGGCAGAGCGGCAGAGCGGCGAAGCACGGUCGGCUCGACCUUUUGCCUGUCUUGGGCUGCUGACUUGCCUCGUUUGUUUCGCCGACCAGGGGUGGCAGCACCGCAGGUCGCUAGAGGAGAGGAGAAGCGGCGAGGCAAGGCUGGGGAAGAAAAAACGAUGAAGGCUCCCUCCCGAUUCACUUCGAUUAGAGAUUAA